CAAUAGAUUUAAUAUCACAUUAUUGAUGAUGACAUUUUUGAUAUUUAUUUAAGUUUUGUCUUUUUCUGGUAGAGCUGAGCUUCACUUCUUCACCUGUUACCUGCAGGUAAGAUGAUGACGUCAUGAUUCUAAGCAGUGAACAGGUGUUUUAAGGGGUGUAAAAUACCUGUAACACACUGACAUUGAAACACCUGACACAUGCGCAGUGGAGUCUCUGAUAAGAACAGUAAACCUCAGUAGACUCUCUCUUUCUCGUCAGUCGCGCGCUUUAUGCUAAUCGGUGUGCGCGCACGAGCCUUCCAGAGAGGAGAGUUGAGCGCGCGCCAGCAGCAGCAGUUUGGCUCGUGAACAGACCGUUAGUUUCUGCUCCGGUCUCCGGUCGGUCCGUCGGUUCUCUCCUCCCCGCUCAGCGCGGCAGUUUGUCGGUGUGGACCCAGGUUGUUCUCCCGGUUCUCCUGCUCCCUCCUCCGGACUGAAAGUGUCCGCUGCUCCGCCUCUGAGCUCCGGAUCCCGCUGUCUGGUCCGCUCGGUUCUCCGCCCGAAGCCCCGCUCAGAGUCUCUGGUCUCCGGGACUAACCGUCAGUUUGGACCCGGUUCUCCUCCGUCCGGCUCCCCUCUUCGUUCCUCAAGUUUUAGAGGCAGUGCUGCGGUCCGGUUGGUCCGGUUAGCCUUGCUCCUGGUCCGGGUUCAGACAUGGGUUGGAGUGUCCCGGUUCUGCUCUCAGUCCUCUGUGCUCAGCUCACCGCGGGAGUCCCGGACGGACCGGACGUCCAAGUGAUUGACGUGUUGAGCCUUCAGGAUUCGAGGCAGAGCGUAGCGGCGGUGGAGAAGCUGUCCGGUGGUCUGAGCGCGCUCAGUGAUGUCUACGUGGUGUCGACGCUGCGGUUGCCGUCGAAGCUGGGUGGAGUCCUGCUGGGUCUCUACAGCAAACAGGACAACAGGAAGUACCUGGAGGUCGCCGUCAUGGGGAAGAUCAAUAAAGUCCUGGUCCGGUACGUCCGAGCGGACGGGAAGAUCCACACCGUCAACUUGCAGAACGCCAACCUGGCGGACGGGCGGACUCACUCCAUCAUCCUGAGACUGGGAGGUCUUCACCGUGACAACAUGAACAUGAAGCUCUACGUCAACUGCCGAUUGGCCGACUCCAGCCAGGGCCUGCCCCCAUUGGUCCCGCUGCCCCGAGAGGCGGAGAUGGUGGAGAUCAGACACGGACAGAAGGCCUACGCCCGCCUGCAGGGUGCAGUGGAGUCCCUCAGACUGGCUCUAGGGGGCAGUGUCGCUAAAGCUGGAGCUCUGACUGACUGUCCCUUCCAAGGAGACUCCUCCGCCUACAACUCAGUGAGCGGGGAGGUGAACUCCAUCCUGGGUGACCACACCAAGGCUCUGAUUAGUCAGCUCAUCAUCUUCAACCAGAUCCUGGGAGAGCUGCGCCAGGACAUCAGAGAACAGGUGAAGGAGAUGUCUCUGAUCAGGAACACCAUCCUGGAGUGUCAGGUUUGUGGUUUCCAUGAGCCUCGUUCCCGCUGCUCCCCCAACCCCUGCUACAGAGGAGUGUCCUGUAUGGAGAGUCUGCAGUAUCCUGGAUACACCUGUGGACCCUGUCCACCUGGGACCAACGGCAACGGGACGCACUGUCAGGACGUCGAUGAGUGUGAGCUGCAGCCCUGUUUCUCUCCUGGAGCCUGUGUGAACACUGUGGGGGGGUUCAGCUGUCAGCCCUGUCCUCCUGGUCUGUGGGGGGCGCCACUGGCUGGAACUGGACUGGACUACGCCAAGACACACAAACAGGAGUGUGUAGACAUCGAUGAGUGUGUGGAUCUCCCUGACGCCUGUGUAUCAAACUCUGUCUGCAUCAACACUGUGGGCUCAUAUAAGUGUGGCGGCUGUAGACCUGGUUUCCUUGGUAACCAGACGUCAGGUUGCUUCCCCAGGAAGUCGUGCGCUGCGUUGACCUUUAACCCCUGUGACACCAACGCCCACUGCACCAUGGAGAGGAACGGGGAGGUCUCCUGCAGGUGUAAUGUGGGCUGGGCAGGUAAUGGUAACACCUGUGGAGUGGACACAGACAUCGAUGGGUAUCCAGACCGCUCUCUGCCCUGCAUGGACAACCACAAACACUGCAAACAGGACAACUGUGUGUUCACUCCAAACUCUGGUCAGGAGGACGCCGACAAUGACGGGAUCGGAGACCAGUGUGACGAGGACGCAGACGGAGACGGCAUCAAAAAUGUGGAGGAUAACUGCCGGCUGGUCCCCAACAAAGACCAGCAGAACUCAGACAGCGACUCGUUCGGAGACGCCUGUGACAACUGUCCCAACGUCCCCAACAGUGACCAGAGAGACACGGACAACAACGGACAGGGAGACGCCUGCGACCAGGACAUAGACGGAGACGGUAUUCCCAACGUUCUUGAUAACUGUCCGAAGGUGCCGAACCCGAUGCAGACGGACAGAGACAGAGACGGAGUGGGAGACGCCUGUGACAGCUGUCCUGAGCUCAGUAACCCCAUGCAGACGGACGUGGACAACGACCUGGUGGGAGAUGUUUGUGACACCAAUCAGGACACGGAUGGAGACGGUCUCCAGGACAGCAGAGACAACUGUCCCGACAUCCCCAACAGCUCACAGCUGGACUCUGACAACGACGGCCUCGGAGACGACUGUGACCACGACGAUGACAACGACGGCGUCCUCGACGACUACGACAACUGUCGACUCAUCGUCAACCCCAACCAGAAAGACUCUGACAUGAACGGCGUGGGGGACGUCUGUGAGAACGACUUUGACAACGACGCGGUUCUGGAUUUGAUUGAUGUGUGUCCAGAGAGUGCUGAGGUCACGCUGACGGACUUCAGAGCCUAUCAGACAGUGAUCCUGGACCCGGAGGGCGACGCCCAGAUCGAUCCCAACUGGGUGGUGCUGAAUCAGGGAAUGGAGAUCGUCCAGACCAUGAACAGUGACCCUGGUCUCGCUGUGGGCUACACGGCGUUUAACGGCGUCGACUUCGAGGGAACGUUUCACGUGAACACAGUGACGGACGACGACUACGCCGGCUUCAUCUUCGGGUACCAGGACUCGUCCAGUUUCUACGUGGUGAUGUGGAAACAGACGGAGCAGACGUACUGGCAGUCCCUCCCCUUCAGAGCCACGGCCCAGCCCGCCCUGCAGCUCAAGGCCGUGAAGUCCCGGACCGGACCAGGUGAGUUCCUGAGGAACGCUCUGUGGCACACGGGAGACACACCUGGAGAGGUGACGCUGCUCUGGAAGGAUCCGCGAAACGUCGGCUGGAAGGACAAGACCUCGUACCGCUUUCAGCUGAGCCACCGGCCGCAGGUCGGGUACAUCAGGGUGAGGCUGUAUGAGGGGACAGACAUGGUGGCGGACUCUGGUGUUGUGAUCGACACCACGAUGAGAGGAGGCAGACUCGGAGUCUUCUGCUUCUCCCAGGAAAACAUCAUCUGGUCCAACCUGCGCUACAGGUGUAACGACACGGUGCCUGAAGACUUCCAGUCUCAUCGUAAACAAGUUCUGAUGCACAUCCAGGUCUGAGAGCUGCAGACGGACUGUCCACGCACGCGCACGCACACACACACACACACACACACACAUACACAUACACACACACACACACACACACACACACACAGACACACACACACAUACAUCUCUAUACACAGACCCUGAGCUUCUCUGGAUCCACUUUAACUGUAGUUUGAGUGUGUGGUUUGCAUGUGAAGUUUGAAUGUGUGUGUGUGGGGUGUGUGAGGGGGGAGGGGGGAGGGGGGGAGUCAGAGUGUCAGUCUGGGAAAACACUGACGAGGAGCACCUGAAUGCACCGUCAGUGUUGGUCUGUGUUUAAACGUCUUAUUUUCAGUUUGUGACUCAGAGUCAGUUUUGGAGUGUGAGGCGUUCAGGGUCCUGCAGGAGUCAACUACAACUCCCAAGGUGCAUUUCACCUACAGACAGCCAAUCACAGAGCUUCACAUUCUGCUGCGUGCUCUGUUAAAGGUCAAUGAUCCUCACACUCUGCCGUCCAUCAGUCCUCAGAUGAAAACAGGGAACAGAGAUGAAGUUUGACGAGCUUCAUGUUGUUUUUCUCAACCUUUUGAUGAGUAUUUUAUUUUGAAAUUGAACUCUGUGCUGCAGCAGUUUGUCUGUUUCUCAGAAGGUUUCAGGUUCUGUUCAGUUGAACAUCACUAAUCUGUAACAACAACAGACCCUGCUGCCGACGAUAAGCUAACGUUACACAGAGGAGAGAGAACGGUGGAACGUUCCUGUAAACGUUCCUGUGUUUUCACAUGUACAGAUCUUUGUUGAAAUAAACUCUCCACCACGA